GUUUUAUGGGAUAGAAUAUUCCCUGUCAACAUAAAGUUUGUUUUGGGAUAUAUGCUUUGGCAUAGAUCGAGGAAAAGGAAGUCAUCUUCACAACGUUUUUGAGUUUCAAAUUUAAAAACUUAACCUCAACGUUUAGAGAAGUCACUGCCAUGGAUUUUAAAGAUCACAGAAAAGUUGAGCAGAAAGUUCACCAAACCCUAUAUGCCAAUCUGGAUCUUCUUACAAGGAGAUACCCAACAAGGAAGGAAUUUAAGGCGAUAUUUAGAAAGGACAUGUUUGUAAAAAAUAACAAAGCCGCAUUUUUCGAAGUUAUGUACUAUUUGUUAGAAAUACUUGAUCCACAAUUAGUUAAAGAAAAACUAAUAAGUUGGCCACCUUAUGAUCCUAAGCAAGAGCCAAAAUGCCGAAAUGAAAUUCUUAAAUGUAUCAAUGAGCUAAAUUCACGUUUUGAAAAUGCAGAUAUACCAUUGUGUCAGGCAUCUAGUUUAAUAUCGCCUGGGGGCUACCGCUUUGCCAAAUUUUUGUUGAAGAUAUCGGAAUUGGCUCUGUAUGAGUAUCUUUGUAAAAAUACAGAAAAUGACAUUCUCUAUAAGUUAAAAGUAGCUAAAAAUUCGACCAGUGUUUCAAAAAAUCAGCUAAAUAAUUUGCGUAAGGAAACAAAUUCAAUUGAAAGAGAAACCAAAAUGCUCUAUUCUAACUUUAAGCAUCAUUAUAUAGAUUUGUCAGAACAAGCUUUAGAGUUGCAUGAAAAUAUUGUAAAGUUGGACGCAGACACAAGAAAAGCGAAAAUUGAAUACCAGUCUAUGACCAAAGAGUUUAACUUGAAAUUUCCAUUAUAUCCAUCACUUGAAAGUAUAAGGCGAGAACUAGAAAAGUUGCAAAAGCAAACUCAAACAAUUCAGAGCAUCUAUACACUACUUGAAGAUUGCGAUCGCUUGGUAGAAUCUUUGAAACACUCAGAGUUAAGGUUUGAUCCUGAUUCAGUCCAAAGUGAGUUGCAGAUGUGUGUAAUCGGCAAGGGGCAAAUUGAUUUAGCGGCGUUUUUUCGGGAAGUUUCUGUAUUUAUUGAAAGGCACUUGCUGAAAUUACCGAAUUUUUCUCCCGCUUUUCUUAAUAAAAAAAGAGAGCAGGUGCAAAAUUCUAUUCUGCAAUACAACCGAUUAUCAACAUAUUUCGACAACCAGCAUGGUCAGUUGACAAAUUUGAUGGAGGACUUACACACGGAGUUAAGGUAG